CAGCAACGACAUCGUGUCCCCUCGGUCUUCGCUCCCCCUUCUCUUCCCCCAUCCCAUUCCGUUGUAGUAUAAAUCCCUCCUCGAACCGCUCUCUCCCCCGCUUCGCGUCCAUCUCCCGAUCCGAGUACUCGAUAUGACGAUGAGCAGCAGCAAUUUGCCGGGGGAAGAGGGAGAGGAGGAGGAGUUCUUCGAGUCCUUGGAUCGGAUCCUCUCAUCGUCCUGCUCCUCUACCUCCGCCUCUGCCUCUGCCUCCGCCUCCGCCUCCGACGACGAAUCAUCUGCCGUCGGGCGUCGCCGCCGCGCCCGCCUCCGCUUCCCCUCGCUGUCCUCCCUCGACGUCUGGUUCUCCGCGCCCGCUUCGGUUGAGGAGCGCCGCCGACGCCUCCUCCGUCACCUCGGCCUCGCCGGUGACCCCGCCGUCGCCAGCCCCAGGCGUGGCGGCGGUGCCUUCGGCCCCAGCGCGCAUGCCGAAACGGCGAGAUCCGUCUCCUGCGACGGCCUCUGCCCCCGCCCCAACCCCGUCCCCGUCUCCGCAGUGACCCGCUCGCGGUCCGAUGGUUCCGCGGUUCCCGGUCACGUGAACGAAUCUUUACCCCAGCAGCACCACCAAGGAACGAUCCGUGCUCCGUUCUCGAGCAACCCUGCUCUUGAUGCGCGAUUCCGGUCCUUGUCGACCGGUAUUCUCGAGGUCUCCGAAGGCGAUCGUCGGAUCAUCGGCGGAGACCUGUGCGACGACCCGCGUUGCUUGAUCAAGAAUCUCGACAACGGGAGUGAGUUCGUGGUGGAGGAGUUUUACGAGGACGGAAUGUGGAAUACACUCAGUGAGGUCGGGACCGGGCGGCAGCUUACAAUGGAGGAGUUCGAUAGGUGCGUCGGCAGAUGUCCCAUUGUUCAAGAACUAAUGAGGCGGCAGAAUGUGGAGGAAAUCACCAACAGCAGCGGCUCCGGCGGUGGCCCUGCUGGUGGGGCUGUUGCUGGCGGAGGAUCCACCGGAGGGAUCAGGUUUAAGAAGAGGGGAAGUUGGCUCAGGAGCAUCAAGAAUGUUGCAGGGACCAUGGUGGCCGGAGGGCACAGCCACGACCGCAAGAGCAGCGACGAGAAGGAUUCCUCGUCAGAGAAGGGAGGGAGGAGGUCGAGCUCGGCCACUGAUGAUAGCCUGGAUGCUUCCCAUGGCCUCCAUCACGGCCUGGAGAGAAUCAAAGUUCGGCAGUAUGGGAAGUCCCAGAAGGAACUCAGCGGUCUAUGCAUGUGCCAGGAGAUUCAGGCUCAUAAUGGGUCCAUCUGGAGCAUCAAAUUCAGUUUGGAUGGGCAGUACUUGGCAAGCGCAGGAGAGGACUGUGUCAUCCAUGUGUGGAAGGUAUCAGAGAUUGAAACGAGGGGGGAUUUGCUGAAUGAAAAGGCUUCGCCAGAGAAUGAGGGGAACCACUGGGAGAAUAAUAGAGCAAGGGUCCUGGGCAGUAGGAAAUCUGUGUGUUCAGACCCUUUUAUGGUACCAAAGUAUGUAUUUGCUCUUUCAGAUAAACCUUUGCGCUCCUUCCAGGGACACCUAAAAGAUGUCCUUGAUCUCUCUUGGUCCAAAUCUCAGUAUCUGCUUUCAUCUUCAAUGGAUAAAACAGUGCGACUCUGGCACAUGUCAAAUAAUUCCUGUUUAAAAGUUUUCUCUCAUAGUGACUAUGUGACUUGUAUCCAGUUCAACCCUAUUGAUGACAGGUAUUUCAUCAGUGGAUCUCUUGAUGAUAAAGUUCGGAUAUGGAGUAUUCCAGAUCGUCAAGUUGUUGAUUGGAAUGAUUUGCAUGAAAUGGUCACUGCCGUUUGUUAUACCCCUGAUGGCCAGGGUGCUCUAGUUGGUUCACACAGGGGGAAUUGUUACCUGUAUGAGACAUCUGAUAAUAAGCUUCUUCAGAAAAGUCGUGUUGACCUGCAAAAUAGAAAAAGGUCAUCAAGGCAGAAGAAAAUAACUGGUUUUCAGUUUGCCCCUGGGAGUCCGUCAAAGGUGCUAAUAACAUCUGCAGAUUCACGAAUACGGGUUAUUGAUGGUGAUGAACUAGUCCACAAAUUUAAAGGGUUUCGCAACACAAGCAGCCAAAUAUCUGCGUGCUUGACUACCAAUGGGAAGCAUGUCAUAUGUGCUAGCGAGGACUCUCAUGUCUAUGUAUGGAGACAUGAUGAUUCUCAAACAAGCAGAAGAAAUGGUGUUGGUGCCACCACCAUCACACAUUCUUAUGAAUAUUUUCACUGCCAGGGUGUGACUGUGGCUGUUCCGUGGCCAAACACCAGUAGUAUGAAGAUGCUAAGAACUUGCUCCAGUAAACAGUGUGCGUUGAAUAUAGAAUUUCAAGCCAAUGCACCAUUGGUGGCAGAGAACAACAAAACCCAACAGCAAAGUACCAUUCACAAUUCAAGUUUAAAUCGACUUAGUGAUAGAAAUUCAGCCACUUGGCCUGAAGAGCUCAUGACAGUCGAUAAACAGAGCCCUGGAUGCAAUGGCGACUUCUGCAAUGGAGGCAUGGCAGCACAAUGUAAGUCAGCCUGGGGAUUGGUGAUUGUGACUGCAGGUCAGGGUGGUGAAAUUAGAACUUUUCAGAAGUUUUGGCUUGCCAAACCGAGUACAGUGACUUCUACUGCUUUGUGAUGUUAGUAUCCAUCGCUUUGCAAUCGAAGGUUGACGCUUUUACAGAUUAGAUCUGUGGGUAGCUUGAUUGAUUUGCAGAAGGGCCCAUGCAAUGACAAAAUAUCGACAGAAAUUUCAAGUUUUAUUUGCCCAAAUAUACAUCACAUCUGCAGCCAGCCAAUAGUGAUCGUACAAAAUGGUAACACGAAGUCUCUUCAUGUUCAUUUUAUUUCUUUUUACUGUGUUGUAAGCUGUAAAGAAAUUAUAAGAUUGGAGAAUUAUUAUGGUCUUUCGGAUUCAAGUAAAUUGUGGUUAACAUUA